GAAAGACUUUAAGAAAUCUUGGAUCUGCACCUGGUAUUAAACUUACAAUUGAUGGCAAUUUUACCAUCGAUGGUAAAUUGAACCUUUAUUCUGAUUAGCUGUUUAGUACUAUUAACAUGGUAGUUUCCAUUGAGGGUAAUUUUUAUGCAUCAGGCCCAGAUGGAUGAAUCUUUUCAUUUACUUUUCAACAGAACUGCUAACCAAUCACUAUGAAGUCAUUUUGGCCUCACCAGAAGCAAUUACCUCAAAGAAAGUCCAGAUGAUGCUGAAAGAACAGCUGCAAAGAAAGAUAUGCCUGAUAUGUUUUGAUGAGGGUCACUGCAUAUCCCAGUGGGGCCUGAACUUUCGACCGUCGUACAGAAGGGCAUGCAAUGUUGUGGCCAUCUUUAAUGACAUCCCUACCCUAGUCCUAACAGCUACAGCCACCCUCCAAGAUUUCUCUGAUGUCAAGAACAUAUUGGCAUUAUCUCCCGAUCAUGAGGUGAUCUCAAAGUUGCCAGAUAGGCCAGAUAUCUACAUUCACAUAGAGAGGGUGAAAGAGAAGUUCCAGCAGCACCUGGCCUGGGUGGUCAAGGAGGUCAUUGACAAUGGUGCUAAUGCAAACAAGAUGCUCAUUUACACGAAGAGUGUAAACACAUGUCAAAAGAUCUACUGCUGGAUUGCAGAGGAGACGAAGGGUGCUUGCUGCGGCUGCCAUUAUCCUGCAAGACACAGGCUGGUAGAACAAUACCAUAGUCAUACAACAGGGAAGAAGUCAGACAAGAUUAUCACGGAUUUUUGCAGCAGGUCAAGCUGCACCAGAGUCAUUGUAACCACGCUUGCCCUGAGUCUGGGUGUGGAUGUACCAGAUGUUGAAAUUGUCGUCAACUGGGGGGUUGAGAGUGCCCUCUCAUACUGGCAGGAGGUUGGUAGGUGUGCCAGGAAUCUUGACAAAGGACUGGCCAUACUCUAUGCGUACAAGAGGUCCCUCCAUCAAACCAAUGAUAGCACCAUGAAGGAGAUGGUAAACGAAGAGAACUGUGCCCGUGACACCAUCUUGGGCAUUUUCAAGAUUCCUGGCACACCUGACCUGGAGAAGAAGGAACGUGUCUGCCACAAGUUGAACUGCACUGAGAAGGCACCAUGUACAUGCUCUUUGUGCAUGUGUUGUUCAAGUUGCUACAAGAGGUGCACAUGUGCACAUAAAUAUGUAUGUGUACUGGCCAGACUUGCUAAGAAAGGCCCUUCAUCCUCCUCAGAAUCCUCAGAGUCCUCCUCGUCGUCAGACUCAUCUCCAACAUGCUCCGCAGCUUCCCCUUCCCACGACGUCUUGUCUCCCUUGGUAGAAGGAAUUAUCUGGUAAGGAUGGAAAGACAUUUGCAGUACAAAUUGACACGUGUCACUAAAAUACGAUGACUUGGCCUCAGGAUCUUCUGGUACGUCUUUAGGAUGGUCACUC